UCUGGAUAAUACUAUGCACUUCCACCAUUUUACUUUUGCUUUCUGCAAGCACAGUAUGUCGAAACGUAAAGUGCAGUUUGCAGAUAAAGAGAGCGAGGAGAUUCAGAUAGAAUCUACCUCAGCAAGAAUUAAAGCUCACUCUCUGGACAGUGAUGAAGAAGGUGAUGACGACGGUAGAGGUAAAGAUGAUGAAAAGUAUGUUUUGCGCGAGGAGGAUUUGGAAGGGCAAGAAGACGCCACGAUCGACUUCGACGAAGGAAUCAAGAUAACGCCGUUUAAUUUGAGGGAAGAAAUGGAAGAGGGCCACUUCGACGCAGAGGGAAACUACUUUGAGAAAAAGGAGGAAGUUAUUCGAGAUGAAUGGCUGGAUUCGCUGGACUGGGUCAAAAUCAAAGAACAAGGUGACAAGCAUCAGAAGGAUAUUAGCAACGGUAACGAUAGUAUCUUCGAAGAUGCCGACGAACCAGGCGAUCAAAUUCAAGCAAUGAAAGAUAUUCUAGACAUUAUUUUACCCGGUGAAACUGUUUUGAAAGCUCUCAGACGUCUCGGUGGAAAAGAAAGCGGUCGUAGUUCGUCUGCAAGCGCACGUUGGCAACCAAAAUCGAAGAAGCCGAAGGCUGUGGAGAACGAAGGUUCUGAAGAGAACAAACAAAAUCUUUUAAAACUCACUGAACUAGCAGAUCAAUUGCUGCAGAAGGGUUACUUCGGUAUUUAUCAAGAUACCUAUGAAAAAUUGGCUCACAAAAUUAAAACUAUGCAAGAAAAACAGCUGGAAGCUGAGGAAGAUGAUGCUUUGGAGGCUGCUUUUAGACAGGGGGGAGGUGAGAAUGAAGAAACAGUCAUGGAGACCGAGAGUUCUGAGAACAUCAAAACAGAAUCAGGUAAUGAAGAUGAAGUUUAUUGGCACUACAAAUGGGAAAACACAAAAGAUGCUACUGUUUAUGGACCAUAUUCAUCAACAUACAUGCUAAUUUGGAAUGACCAGGGGUGUUUUGGAGAUGGAGUGUGGGUGAGAAAAGUUGGUGAAGACAGUGGGCCAUUCUAUAACUCAAAACGGAUUGACUUUGAGCUGUACACUUAGGAUCUAUGGGGCUGAUGUAUCUUUUUUAUGUGGGGUGUAAAUGUUUUUGAAUUUUGAAACAGAUGAAAUGUGGUAUCAAGGGUAAAGUUUGAACUGUAUCAUAAAUUAUUUGUACGUAAAUGUUGAGCUGAUGUCUGUCGUAGUGAGGUUCAGAGUAACUUACAAAUUCUUUUUUCCUGUAGGCUCUUAUUUUAUGACCUGUGGUUCUGGUUGCAAGGCUGUGCUCUAGCAGUGCCCGGUGGCCCCUGGGGCCUUACUUUUGCUCGUCAGCAACUUGGAAAGUUUAGUUUUUUCAUACAAAGCAUAUGCUGGGUACCCUGGAUUUCACAGUUUUAGAGCACUGGGCUCCAUUCAAUUUUCCAUAGAGCACAGCCUUGGGUUGAAGUGUAGAUUGGACUACUAUAUCCCUUAAGAAAGGUUAACCCUUCGACUCCUAGAAAUGAUUGACAUGAAGUUUCUCCAUCCAAUAUCUAUGCAUUAUCCAGUUAACAGGUAAUGGGAGAGCUUAAAAGUUGUUUUUCUGAUCAAGCAAAUUCUUGGAACCAUUAUACAAGUAAAUGUGUAGCAGUUAGAGGGGAGAAUUAACUAUCAGGCCCCAGUUGUUCGAAGGAUGGAUAACGCUAUACACUG